AUGAAGAAUCAAAAUUCGAUUUCAAAACCGACUGUUAUCAUUAAACCGCCCCCGUCUGUAUCUACAAUACUAUCAUCAAAAAAAGAAAAAUUAACAAUAGAUAAGAAAAUGGACUUAGAAAAUCAUCAACAACAAUUUUAUGAUGAUACAAUUCAACAAAAUAAUGACUUUUCAUUAAAUAUUAGUGAUACUCCAAUUUGUGAAACUUCUUCAACACCACUUACUGAUAAGGAAGCAAAAGAACAAGAGAUUAUUAUCUAUGAAUUUCAUUUUCCUGUUGAAUUAUGUGGUCGUCUUAUUGGUCGACAAGGUGUUCAUGUUGAUUAUAUUCGACAAAUGACUCAAGUUGAUUUAGUUGUACGAGAUGAUGCUGUUUCAUUUGAAAAACAAGUUGUUGCUUUACAUGGUCGUCGACUAGAUGUUGAACAAGCAAUUGAAUUAAUAGCUAAACGUUUUCCACCUGAUCGUUAUCCACAAGUUGCUUUUAAACCUAUUAAUAAAAAAAUUGUUGUACGACAACGUCCACCUGAACGUGUACCUGUUCCUCAAUCUGUUGCUCAACUUUAUUUACCUGAUGGAAUACCUACAGAAGUACUUGUUACAAGUGUUGUUUCAUGUAAUCAUAUAUUUGUUCAACAAAUUUUACAUCCAUCGUAUGCUGAACUUGCACGUCUUGAUAAUUCAAUGUCAGUUUUUUAUCAUCAUACUGAAAUGACACCACUUUUACCUCGACCUAUUCAGUCUGGUGUCAUAUGUGCAGCACCAACACAAGCUGGUUGGUUUCGAGCAUUAAUCACAGUAUAUAACAGUAAUGAUGAUAUGGCUAUGAUCAAAUUUCUUGAUUAUGGAGGUUAUCUUUAUGUACAUGCAAGUUCUCUACGUCUUCUUAGACAAGAUUUUAUGGUUAUUCCAUUUCAAGGAGUUGAAGUCUAUCUCGAUAAUGUUGUUCCAGCUGAUAAUCAAGAAGAUUUUACACCAGAAUCAAUUGAAUUAGUUAAAACAACUAUUCUUGGUUCUUGUUUCAAAGCAAUGGUUACCGGAUAUCAUUAUGAUAAUACUCCAUUUAUUCAAUUAUCCAGACGAUAUGAUUUUCAACGUAUCGUAAAUAUUGAUAUUCAAAAAAUGAUCAAUAAUCAACAACAACCAUCAGUUACAAAUGAAUCAUCAUCGAUGACAAAUGCUACAAAUACGUCGAAUUCGACUAAUAUUCAACCGAUGAUUAAUCAACUACAACAAUCCGUAUCGGAUGUAUCAACAUUAUCAUCCACCACGAAUUCGGACAGUUGA